UGUCUUUUCCACUUUUCCUUAUUCCUUUACACACAGCAUAUCCCCCAAAAUGUAUACUGAAAAUAAGCUAUGGUGAUUAUUGGAAGCAAAUUUACAUCGAAGGAGGUUAGAAUAAUGAUUUAAUCAGAGUUGGGCAGUCUUAAAUCUUAAAUUCCAGUUGUAUGUAAAUAUUCAAAAACAUUUAACCUACUGAUGCCUCAAUAAUAUAAUUUUAUUGCUAUCUACCCCACCUUUCUCUACCCUGAAGGGACUCAUUGUUAAGAUACAACAUGAAGAUAAAAUAUUAAUUAAUUAUAUCAGUAUUCAACAGGCUUUUAAACAUUAUUACAGUAAUUUAUAUAAGGCUGAACACAUAUCUCUAGAAGACAUUGAGAAUAAUUUAAUUCAGUCUGUUAUACCUGCAGCUUUGCUGCAUUGCUGGAGUUUAAUCGGUAGGGUUGUAUUUUAUUUUAGGCAGAGAAUCUUUGGGCACUGUCCCCUUUGUACCUAAGGAGGGAUUGUUCAUUGUUGGGCAAGUGUUAAAGUAUUUGUCACCAGGCAUUGGGCACCGUCCCUCUUCCCCUGGGUUUGUUACAGCACGAGUCUUGUGCUUCAUGUUCCAUGAGAUCUUCUCUGUUCAACUCCUGAAGAGAUUUUCCUUUCUUUCUCUGGCAGGUGACUUCUGAACAAGUUCUGCAAAGAACACAGCGUGAGAGCUUUGCCCGAGGAGUGCUCUAAGUCUAAAGUGACUUCAAGAUACACAGCAAUGACAACAAGAAAAAAUAAGUAGUAGAAAAAUAUAUUACAAGCUACAACCCUAUGCAGUUAAGAGGAGGAAAGAAGAUUGUGAUGAAAAAAAAAGAGGCUUGGAAAGCGAGCAGAAGGCUACAGCAAUACAAAGACUGUGCUGAUCGGGAGGUUAUAUCUGUGAACCCCUGGCAUAAUAUUUGAAUUAUAAAUAUAAAAGAAUGGCAAGUCCUCUACCUCCCUAUCCUAAAUCACGCACAGGGGAGAAGUUGCAUCAGUGUAUGGAAUGUGGGAAACAAUUUGAUUGGAAAAGUUCUCUUACUAGACAUGAACGGACCCACACAGGGGAGAAGCCCUAUAAAUGCAUGGAAUGUGGAGGAAGCUUCAGUCAGAGUGGCAGUCUACGUUCCCAUCAAAGGACCCACAUAGGGGAGAAGCCAUAUAAAUGCAUGGAAUGUGGAGAAAGCUUCAGUUGGAGUGGCAGUCUACGUUCCCAUCAAAGCACCCACACAGGGGAGAAGCCAUAUAAAUGCAUGGAAUGUGGAGAAAGCUUCAGUUGGAGUGGCAGUCUACGUUCCCAUCAAAGGACCCACACAGGGGAGAAGCCACAUAAAUGCAUAGAAUGUGGAGAAAGCUUCAGUCAGAGUGGCAGUCUACGUUCCCAUCAAAGGACCCACACAGGGGAGAAGCCCUAUAAAUGCAUGGAAUGUGGAAAGAGCUUCAGUCAGAGUGGCCAUCUACGUUCCCAUCAAAGCACCCACACAGGGGAGAAGCCAUAUAAAUGCAUGGAAUGUGGAGAAAGCUUCAGUUGGAGUGGCAGUCUACGUUCCCAUCAAAGGACCCACACAGGGGAGAAGCCACAUAAAUGCAUGGAAUGUGGAGAAAGCUUCAGUCGCAGUGGCAGUCUACGUUCCCAUCAAAGGACCCACACAGGGGAGAAGCCACAUAAAUGCAUAGAAUGUGGAGAAAGCUUCAGUCGCAGUGCCAAUCUACGUUCCCAUCAAAGGACCCACACAGGGGAGAAGCCUUACAAAUGCAUGGAAUGUGGGAAGAGCUUCAGUCAGAGUUGCAAUCUACGUACCCAUCAAAGGACCCACACAGGGGAGAAGCCAUAUAAAUGCAUGGAAUGUGGAGAAAGCUUCAGUUUGAGUGGCAGUCUACGUUCCCAUCAAAGGUCCCACACAGGGGAGAAGCCACAUAAAUGCAUGGAAUGUGGAAAGAGCUUCAGUCGGAGUGACAGUCUACGUACCCAUCAAAGGACCCACACAGGGGAGAAGCCAUAUAAAUGUAUGGAAUGUGGAGGAAGCUUCAGUCAGAGUGGCCGUCUACGUUCCCAUCAAAGGACCCACACAGGGGAGAAGCCCUAUAAAUGCAUGGAAUGUGGAAAGAGCUUCUGUCAGAGAAGCGGUCUAUGUUCUCAUAAAAUGACCCACACGGGGGAGAAGCCCUAUAAAUGCAUAGAAUGUGGAGAAAGCUUCCGUCAGAGUGACAGUCUACGUUCCCAUCAAAGGAAGCACACAGGGGAGAAGCCAUAUGAAUGCAUGGAAUGUGGAAAGAGCUUCUGUUGGAGUGGCAGUCUACAUUCCCAUCAAAAGACUCACAUGGGAGAUGCCAUAUAAAUGCAUGGAAUGUGGAGAAGGCUUCAGUCAGAGUGACCAUCUGCAUUUCCAUCUAAGGACCCACACAGGGGAGAAGCCAUAUAAAUGUACUGAAUGUGAAAAGAGCUUUAGAAAAAGUUCAGUAUACAGUAGACAUCACAGAACUCAUGUACCUCUAGAGGAGACGGGCCUUUGAGUUUCCGAGCUCUCUCUAAAAAAGCACUGCAAGGAAAGAGGAAGGCCAGCACCUUGCUCUCUCUCCACCAGAACUGCAGUUUGUGUGGCCUUGGCUGACGACUACUGGGAGCAGGUGUCACUCAGAGGGGCUCUUUUCUCAGCAUUGCAGCAAGCUUGGAAGGGGUUCACCUAACCUCCUCCCCAAGGAGACCCAUCGCAGGCUUCUAGGAUGAUCUGUGAAUGUUUGCUGAAAUGAGCAGAAGCUGAGAUCUCUGGAUAAAAGGUUCUGAAAAAGAAUAGCUCUUUGGUUGCAGAUAACGUCAUAUCUUCAUACUCCUGUCUCAUGUCUUGGCUCUGCUUCAUUCAACGGCAUUGAAUGUUUGCUGUGCAUGUGUAUUGUGUGGACUGUGAUCCGCCCUGAGCCCCUUUGGAGAGAUAGAGCGGAAUAUGAAUAAAGUGUUGUUAUUAUUAUUAUUAUUAUUAUUUUGGGCUCUAGCUCUGUACCUGUAACCCUUUUCUGGACUUUAUUGUAUACUGAAUAUUCUACUCUAAAUUCUGGACUGACGUUCUGGUUUCGUUUAUGGACUGGACUUUGUUUGUAUCCCUGACUUGCUGGCUUGAUUUUGGGACUCUAAAUUCGGUUUGUACUCUUGAUAUUUGAUGAACUCUGCGUAAUGAACUCUUGGCAUAUGACCAUUGGUCUGUAACCUUGGGUCUUGUUUAUUUUUGCUCCUGACCUGGAUCUGCAGUACUCGACUUGUCUGCAUUAAUUGGACUCUUGACCUGCACUUGUGUUCCUUGUUCCUUCGACUGUGUGGCUCCAAUUGCAUUAUUUUUAGCCCAGUGGUUUCCAACUAGGGAUCACUUGACCAGGGACCACUCUCCAAAAUUAAUACCAAAAGGGUUACAACUCAGUUUUUGGUCAACUUUAGAUUCGGUUUGGUUAUUUGGGGUGCUGAUUCAGAAAAUGGCAUUGGACAGACCACAUCAGCUCUAGUUCCUGAUACAGAACACAUGCCACCCAGUAGUCGCCAUCUGCUCGCCCACAGAAAACCAUAUUCAAUAAACCUCGGCACUAUAAGAGGGUUUUGCGAGACUACUCGCUCUCAUUGCAAUGGCGUAGUAAUGGUGAGGCCAUGGACCCUAUUUAAGCUCUUCCGGACCAUUGGUGGCCCACGGACCACAGAUUGGCAACCACUGUUUUAGCCGGACCGAAGACUUCAGUCUUCCUGUAAGUUAAUAUGGUCUUGGCUUAUCUUGUGUUUGUUUAAUAAACCUCAGAGUUUAUACUAGGAGAGCCCUGGAACACGAGACCAUCACUCUUCAUGUGCAUUUAUCGUUGCUUACAGUGAAUCAUUUUUGGUAUUUGGGACUGUUUAAUCCCCACCUUUGGCAAAGGGUCCAUUAGGAUACACAACAUAUCUCCCUAACAGCAGGGAAUGGAAGGCAAAGAAUGAUGACAACGACUGAUGUACAUUCAUGAAUCAGUUCAGAUGGACACAUUAACUAAAUUGAUGAAGUAUAGAGUAUAGAACAGUAUUGAAAGGAAAUCGAGUAAACAGAUAAUCAUAUAGUGAGUGAGAGGUUUCUAGACUAUGGUUUGGGGUCCAUUAAUUUUGUUCUUAUUGUGCAAGGUGUGUAUCCUUGUUCCCUUUAUAUUUGUUAAGUAGUCAUUAAAAAAAAAGGUACCCAAGUUAUAAUUUGUGUAAAAAAAUAAAAUGCCAACAUUGUAAUUUGUGUAAACAGGCUUUGAUUUGUUUUUCUUUUUCUGUGUUUGAAUAAAAUGUUUUUUUAAAUAAAAUGUGAUAGAGCAGCUUUAAAAAGCCAAUGUGAUUCUAGGCUGUACCAAUGGGAGCAUGAUGUCUAGAUCCGGGUAAGUUUUAGUUGACUCUGUGUCCAGUUCUGAGCAGCUCAAUUCAAGCAAGAGUUUGGGAUGCUAGAAUGUGUCCCGAGAAGGACUCUAGGGAAUGGCUGAGGGAGAUGAGUGUGUUUAGUUUGGAGGGGAAAAAGGCCGACGGGACAAGAGAGUCGAUAAUUGGAAGCAUGUCCCAUUGAGGAGAAAAGGGCAAGGAAUAGCAAACACAGAGCUACAGCUGAAUGUAUUGUUCUUUUCAAACAAUUAAACAUUCAUCUUCUAAGUCUAAACGUUAGCAAGGUCAUUGAAAAGUAGAGUCCAGCAGUCUCGAAAGUUUAGGACUCCCAUGCUUAGGCUUCAGGACUAGUAUUCAGGACUAAAGUUGGUUGUGGAACGCCCUCCCAAAUGAUGCCAGGGAGGCUCCCUCUCCUAUCUUUCCGCAGGAAAGUUAAGACCUGGUUGUGGGACCAGGCUUUCAAGCAAGAGCAGCAGCAUCAAUCAC